CGGGGCGGCGGCGGGGCCGUACAUAAGGCGGGGGCGGGCGCGGGGCCGCCCGUGGAGCGCAGCGCCCGCGGAGCGAUGGGGCAGCCGGGGGUGCCCCUGGCCCUGCUGGGGCUGGGGCUGUGCUGGGCAGCGGCGGCCGAGCGGCACACGGUGUUCUGGAACAGCUCCAACCCCCGGUUUCUGUGGAGUGACUACACGGUGGAGGUUCGUCUCAAUGACUACCUGGACAUUAUCUGCCCCCACUACGAGGAGGGCAGCGUGGACCCCCGGGCCAUGGAGCGCUACACGCUCUACCUGGUGGAGCUGGAGGAGUACCAGGCCUGCAAGCCGCGCUCCAAGGAGCAGAUCCGCUGGGAAUGCGACAAGCCCAGCGCCCUGCACGGCCCCGAGAAGUUCUCGGAGAAGUUCCAGCGCUUCACUCCCUUCACGCUGGGCAAGGAGUUCAGGGAGGGACACAGCUACUACUACAUCUCCAAACCCAUCCACCACCACGGCGAAGCCUGCCUGAAGCUGAAGGUGACGGUGACAGGCAAAGGCACUCCGGCGCCGCCCGCCCCGGCCUCGACACAGAAGGGGAGGAUCCAGGCAGAUGAUGCAGCAGCACACGUGCUGAGGAGCGUGGGGCAGAACUCGGCCAUGCGCAGCAGCAGCCGCCCCUUCACCUUCAUCAGCCUCCUCCUGCCCCUCCUGCUGCCGCAGGGGCUCUGAGCCGGCCCUCGUGCCCGGACCCACCGAGGCUGUGGCCAUUGGGGGCCCCCGUGGUCCCCGCACAUCUGCCCCGGGUGCCCUGCCCCGUGCACAGCUGGGCCAGGAAAGGAUUUGUCAGUAUUAUGGGGCUGGAGGGCCCAAAGCCAUCGCAGCAGCUGGAGCCUUCAGGCUGCCCUGGCCCUUCCAGGGUGCUCCUGGCAGCCAGAGGCCGAGCGGGAGCCUGGAGCUGGAGGGGCUGAGGUGCCCCGGACUGGAGAGGGGCGGGGGGCUGGCACCCCUGCCCCGCAGCUGAGCUCGCCCACCACCCUCGCGGUGGGCUGGAACUGGAAUGUGUCCUGCAGGCGGGGACGUGGGGGUGGCCAGGUGACACGGCUGCAGGGGCCACUUACCCCCCAGCGUCAGUGGCCUGGGAGCACAGACAGGCUGGAGCCGCCCCGCAGCCAGGGGAGCGGGGCUCAGAGUUCAUCCCACUCCUCACUGCGCUGCACCCCUACCCCGUCCUUCCUCCAUCCCCUGGCCCUUCCCCAUCCCUCCCCUCCGCCGGGUGCCGGAGGGACCCCCAGCACCCCCUUUGUACAGCUUUCUAAUACGGGACUUUUUUAUACCAUUGUCAGGAAUAAAUAACCAAAACCACGCGGAGCUCCUGAGACCUCCCCCACCCCCCUGGGCCACGGCUCUCCUGGCCCCUGUGGGGGGUUGGGCUGGUUAAUUAAUUAAUUGGCUGGUGUUUGCACGGGGCUGUUAAGUGGCAAAGUGCCACAGUGGCUGGCACUGUCCCCGGCUUUAUCUGGUGACACAAAGGCCUGCCCUGAGGGGAGGGAGCUCCCAGGUGGGGGGCAGCACAAACCCCGCUGGAAUGUGGCAGACCCCGUGCGGUGGGUCUGGUGAAUCCCACCG